UUCAUGGUAAACUCCAGGAAAUUAAGUGUCUGAACAAGAAGUACUGUAGUCUAUUGUCCAACAAGAAGGCUUUAAAAUCAACUUUCUAUUUUUAUACUUUUCCUCUUAGCCUCUUUGGCUGAUCUUUCCAAGCUUUGACCUCAACCUUAUAUUACGACACAACACAACACACAAAUUCUCUCUAAAUUAUGCUGCUUUUGCUCUUCAAAUAUCUUUGAAAAGCAGCUCUAGUUUGACAUGGGUAAUUGCUGGGGAUCUUUUUCCAAAGAGGCUAAUCCUACUACUCCUAGUAACACCUCCAUCAACAAUCCUACAACCCCAGGUCUGUCAAAUAAUUAUAGCCACACUACAGAGAUAUCAGCCACUAGUGGUAGUGCAGGCAAAAGUCAAUUUUCCGAGGCUGUUAGUGAAGGUGGAGAGGAGGCAAGUGCAAAUGGGCAAAUUUUGGAGACACCAAACUUGAAAGUGUUCAGUUUUGCAGAAUUGAAGGUUGCAGCUAAGAACUUCAAGUGUGAUACUUUGUUAGGGGAAGGUGGUUUUGGGAAAAUUUUCAAAGGUUGGAUAGAUGAGAAGACAUUAGCUCCUUUUAAAAGUGGUAUUGGAAUGAUGGUUGCCAUUAAGAAAUUCAAUCCAGAAAGUAUGCAAGGGUAUCCAGAAUGGCAGUCAGAGAUUAACCUUCUGGGAAGACUUUCUCAUCCCAACCUUGUCAAGCUAUUGGGAUACUGUUGGGAGGAUAAAGAGCUGCUCCUUGUGUAUGAGUACAUGCAGAAGGGAAGUUUGGAUAAUCAUCUUUUCAGAAAAAAUCCCUCCAUCAAACCACUAUCUUGGGAUAUUCGCCUUAAAAUUGCCAUUGGAGCAGCUCGAGGACUGGCUUUUCUACAUACCUCAGAGAAGAAAGUCAUUCACCGAGACUUCAAGGCCUCAAAUAUACUGCUUGAUAGGUACUACAAUGCCAAAAUAUCAGAUUUUGGGUUGGCAAAAUUGGGGCCUGCUGGUGGAGAGUCCCAUGUCACAACGAGGGUUGUAGGCACCAUUGGUUAUACUGCUCCAGAAUACGUUGCAACAGGUCAUUUGUAUGUGAAGAGUGAUGUAUAUGGCUUUGGAGUUGUGCUGCUUGAAAUGUUGACGGGUUUAAGGGCAUUUGAUACAAAACGCCCCAGUGAAGAGCGAAGUCUGGUUGUGUGGAUGAAGCCAAUGCUCUCUCAGGAAAAGAAUCUGAAAAACAUAAUGGAUGCACGGAUAGAGGGCCAAUACUCAACUAAGGCAGCACAAGAGGCAGCACAGCUUGCUCUAAAGUGCCUAAAGGCACAUCCUAAACUCCGCCCCUCCAUGGAAGAAGUUGUGGAGAUAUUGGAACAUGUUGAAGCAAUUAAGGAAAAGCCAAGGAACUGAGUGUUUAGCUCUUCACGUCCACAGUCCCCAGCCACCUUCUAAUCAUCUUUCCCCACUUCACUUAAAGCACCGUGUCAAAACAUGAGCUGGAAAAUGAAUCACACGUGAAGCUAGCAAGACAGAACCCAAAAUUUUAUAUUGGCACAACAUGCAUUUGUGCCUUUUCUCUUCUAUAAGUUGUGUUGUGCGGUAUGUCAGGUCAGCUUGCAGCAAGUAAUAGCGCAGAGCGAGCUCACUCCUCAGAGCGAUCAGCGAGCUUGUCACCAGGUGAGUUCAGGGAAAGCGAGCGAGCAAGACAGUUGUACUCAAUGAUGGGGAUAAGCUAAAUCUCCUAGAAUCAAGGAGGAGAUCACGCCACCGAAUCAAGCAAUACCAUUUUCAGUGUAAUUCCUAUGAUCAUGGGAUUAACUUCCAAUCAUGGGAUUAGCUUCCAAAUAGGCCAUGCCUCUAUCCAUGAAAUUAUCCCUAAAAUUUUGCAUAUUACCCUUAUCAAACAUGUACUCUAAAUAGCCCAAAAGACUCGGUGUAAGGGGUUAGCAAUUCAAGA